AUGUCGGUUCUUCCCUUCAGUUCAAGAUCACAGACCACUGCGCUUAAGCAACCCAAGCAAUUGUUUUGUUAUGCUCGGGAUAUCGACAACAAGUUUUUAUUUGAUGAAGAAGAAGUUAGAAAGAACCAUGUGAAAUACUAUUACUUACCAGAUAGUGAGUUAGAUAGAGGGAUUGAUCUUUCUGCCGGGAUUGCCAAAUUUCAAAAGAUUCCUCUUGAAGAUAAUUUAGCACAAUUUGAUCAAUUUCUCAUUGCAUUGGAGCAAUGGGAACAACACGAACAAAAGAAGGUUGAUGUUGAUGUGAUUGCAUUCCGUGGAGUUAUGCGCAAAUUGAUGACGGCCAUUUAUGAUGGCGAUAAUAAUAAUGAACAGGAUGAUGAGUAUACGUGUUCAGUAGUAGGAUUUGAUGGACAAGUUUUCAUUGCUGAGAAUGCUGAGUAUGAAAGCAAACGAUUACAACGAGAGAGGAGCGCACCUCCAGAUGAAUACAGAGCCAAGUGUGAAUAUAGUGGGUAUAAAUUCGAGACGAUUGCGACUAUGGAUAAACCAUGGUCUGAAACCACUCGUACAGAAUUAAGUCAAAGAUACCAGAAACAAGUUAAUAACUACGAACAAUACUUGGUAGGAGUAAGGACUGGAAUCCAUGAUAUUAAAGUUUUGAUGGGAGCAGAAGUCGAUUGCGUUUGGGAUUACAUGCCCUCUGAAAAAGGGUUCAAACAAGUAUUGGAUCAUUAUGUUGAAUUGAAGACCAGUAGAACCAUUGAAACACCCAAACAAAUGCUUCAAUUUGAGACCAAAUUGUUUCGUACUUGGGCCCAAUGCUUCCUAAUUGGAGUUAAAAAGAUUGUUUAUGGGUUUCGUGAUGCCAAAUUGGUGUUACGCACUGUUGAAAGUUAUCUGACAGAGGAAGUACCUAAAAUGAUCAAAGAGAAUCCCGUGAAUAAAAACCCUGUGCAUAAACGGGUCAAUUGUAUGCAAGCAUUGAAAUGGUAUGGAUCAAUUCUUUCAUGGUUGAAACAAGAAGUGAGUGAUGGUAAGAGUUACUUAUUAGUCAUUGAUCAAGGCAGACAACAAUUACGAUUGGAAAGUGCAAGUGACGAGCAAAAUGCUCAAUUGAGAUCAGGUCAAUUAUUAACUGAAAGGUUCAUCAAUUGGAGACAAAAUACAUCAAGAACACAACCUGAUAACUAA